AUGAACUCUGAAAGAAGGUCUUUUAAUGCAAAGUAUUAUGAAGUACAUAACUGGUUGGAAUAUUCAAUUUCAAGAGAUGCAGUUUUUUGCUUUUCCUGCAGGCAUUUUCUUAAUAAUAAUAAUGUUCGUGGUCAAAUUGAAAACAAUAUUGUAUUUGUGCAACAAGGCUUUAAUCGUUGGAAGACACAGAAACCGUCAUUUAUAAAACAUGAAUUAAGUGAAAGACAUUUAUCAAACAUUGAAAAAUGGACGAUGUACUUAAGUGUAAAAAAUAAAAAUAAUUCAGUGGCCAAUGCAUUGUUUCAUUCUAGAUCUCAAGCAAUUACUGAAAAUCGUGAACACGUUAAAUUUUUAUUAAAAACAACAUUAUUUUUAGGAAAGCAAGGACUUGCUUUUAGAGGUAAAAAUGAAGAACAAAAUUCAUCAAAUAAAGGAAAUUUAAAAGAAUUAAUUGAAAUGUUCUGUGAUGAAAGUAUGAAAAUUAGAUUAUUAUCCAAAACAACUUAUGGUCAUUAUACUUCUCCUGUUAUACAAAAUCAGUUGAUACAUGUAAUUGCUUCUUGUACCAAAGAAAUCAUUUUAAAAAAUAUUUCAACAUUUGGUGCAUUUGCUGUAUUAGUUGAUAAAACCAAAGACUCUAGCAAGAAAGAACAGUUAAGUUUUAUAAUAAGAUUUACAGAUAACAAUUUGAAUAUUCAUGAAAAAACACUGGGUUGUUAUCACAUGACUAAGUGUGAUGCAAAAUCAUUAAGUGAUGCUAUUAUUCAGAUGGUUGGAGAAAAUAAACUAGAUAUAAAUAACUGUGUAGCACAAUGUUAUGACGGUGCAUCUGUCAUGAGCGGUCCGUUUUCUGGGGUUCAAAAACGAAUAACUGAAUUAGUACCACAUGCUGUUUAUAUUCAUUGCUACGCUCACCGCCUCAACCUAUGUUUAAUUAAUUCAAUAGAAGACAUCAAAUUGAUUACAGAUUUUUUUGAUACUGUUCAAGGAUUGUACAAAUAUUUGAUGAAUGGUCAUACAAGGUAUGAACUAUUUAUAAGUAUUCAAAAAAAAAAAAUCUUAAAGUCUUACAUUUGGAGAGAUUGGUUGAAACCAUCUGGUCAUACUGGUUUACUUCUUUAG